UUUUUCUUUUUAGAUAAAUCUCAUUCCCUUGGUGUAUAUAAACCAAAGAGAUGAUAUCACAAUUUAUACAUGUAGAAUUUGAACAUCUUAAAAAACCAAACGCAUCGAUCACAUGGAGAAGUGGAGAGAGAGUGGGAGAGUAAACACAGUUUUGUUCACAGCAGGAGCAGCUGUGGCAAUGGCAUGUUUAAAACGUGUUAUAUUAAUGGUGUUUCUCAUGGAGCAAUGGCGGGCGUCGGUUUUCCUUCUGCUCAACCUCGUCCUCCUAGCCAUUGUCUUCACCUCCAUUUCUUCCGGGACCUCAAAUAUUAAUCGGAAUCGAGAUUGCGAAAACGACAAUGGCGAAGGGAUCAAAAGCAAUGGAGGGGGAAAGAGGAGAAGAGAAUAUCGGUGCCAAUCUGCUCCUCAAGCGGUUGAAGAAGUUAAGGAAUGUGAGGAUGAAAUGUGCAAGAGCUCAGCGCGCGGCGGCGGCGAGAGCGAGCAAGAGCGGGAUGAAGACGAUACGGAGGAGGAGGAGGAGGAGGUUCGGAAGCUGUCGGAGGAGGAUUUGAAUGAGAAAGUGGAAGCUUUCAUCGUUAUGUUCCGGCAGCAUUUGGUUUCCGAUGCAAGAAAUUGAUUGAGGUUUGAAGGGUUUAGGGUUUCAAAAAAUCAGCAUUCUGAUGUUCAAACCUGUAAUCUGUUUAAGCUAUUGAUCUUGGUUCACUCUUUAUUUUUUCCAUUUUCUUGAUCAAAAGUUUCACUCUUUUAUCUUGAUUAAAUUCUUGGAUUUUACAACAUUUUGAUAGAGAUAAAUAAAUAAAAUGUACAAUUUGAUCUUUUUUAAUUCAUUAGAUUUGACAGCUGAAAAUUAAAAAUGAAGUGAAAAGUAAAACGAGGUGUAUGAAUAUUAUUCCCAAAACUUUGAGUGUACCUUUUAUAUUAUAACCUUGUAAAGAGAUUUGUGUGUAUUAUGAUAUAUAUUCUUAUUUUUAUCUAUGUUUUCACAUGAUGAAAAUGUUUUCUUAUGUACGAGAUCACGUGAGAAGAAUAUAGAUACGAACCCGAGCCCGCCAUAUGUGGGUAGCAACAAUAACAAUUAACUAAGGUUCUUUUUCCCACCCAAACAAUUUUCCAAACACUUGACAAGGUAUUCAAUACUGUGAAAAUGGGUGCUAAAAUGGGAGGGCAAGAUCGUAAUUUGAUGAUUAAUAAUUGGAAAACGAAGCAAAUGGGUCCCCAGUGAAGGAAGGUUGAGGAGUAAGUAAGCAUCUCAUUAUAGUUCCAACAUGAUCCUCUCCGAUCCUUUUAGGGUUUGUUUGUUUGCCUUCACUAAAUAUUUUUGGUCUGGACUGGACUAGCUAUUAAUCGAAUAUCGUGUUUGUUACAUGCAGGAAUAGAUUUAAUGAGAUUAGAGCCGACUAAGUCCUUAGUUAGAAGGUCUUAGCGAGACGCCCUAAUAAGCACAGGAUUGCUAAGACCGUUCGUGUCCUCAUCCAGUUGUUCUCCUCGCUUCUUUGUUUUGGUCUGGUCAACUGACCUCGCCGACCAACCCAUCGAUGGCGAUGGCGACGAUCGUCGACUAGAUGUACUUGUUUUCGGCUCCGCACUUCUUCGACUUCAUAAAGGACGAGAGCGAAGCCGAGUCUGCCAUAGAAAGCUCUUCACUACCGACGGCAUGGUCAUUCACGUCGAUUGGAAGAGGGGAUGAGGAUGGUUCAUCGGAGAAGAGAGGUUAGAUGAGGAGAUUAUGGUGGGCUUGCGGCUGGAGGUUUGAUUCAGAGAUGAAGGAUCUCAAUUAGGCAGAGGUCUGAUAGACUGAUUCGCUUUUUUCCAUUUUUUCCCACAAUUUUUAUUUUUAUUUUUUUAAUCUUUUUCAUUUAGGGGAAAUUUAUUGGCAGUGUGGAUUUAUUGUUUGGUUUGAUUUGAAUUGGGCAUGGAAAUCUUUGGUUUUUUUAUAUAGAAAACGAACUUAUGGAUUGGAUUA